GAUAAGGACGAAGUACCAGGCCAAAAUGAAGAUAUGGACGGCCUCCCAUCGGAUGUUGAUCAAGGUGAUGCUGAAGGAGGUUCGGAGCAAGAAGGCGACGGCGACGACGACGAAGGCUCUUCUAAGGCUCAUAAACGCGUCCGUGUUAAUGUUGAGGGCCAAUCUCAGCCGUCGACGUCAGCCAAUGAAAGUAUUGGAAUGCAUAGGGCUCGCGUCCAAACCCUUCCGCGCGAUGUGGACGGCUUCAUUCCUGGCUCAAUUGUCCGCAUUCAACUCAAAAACUUUGUCACUUAUGACUGGGUUGAAUUUCGCCCAGGUCCUUACCUCAAUAUGAUACUUGGGCCCAACGGUACGGGUAAAAGCAGUAUCGCAUGCGCCAUCUGUCUCGGGCUUAACUGGCCCCCUAGUGUUUUAGGCCGUGCAUCUGAGCUGAAUUCCUUCGUCAAAUUAGGCAAAGAUGCUGGCCACAUUGAGAUUGAGCUCAAAGGACCUAAGGGGAAACCUAAUCUCAUCAUUUGUCGUCAGCUCAGUGCAAAAUCCAGAGGCUCUUCAUUCACCCUUAAUGGUAAAUCUGCUACGGGAAAAGAAAUCACUAAUCGGAUGGCUGAGCUUAAUGUACAAGUGGGCAAUUUAUGCUCUUUCCUCCCUCAGGAUAAGGUCUCAGAAUUUGCUCAGAUGACGUCUCAACAGUUGCUUCGCGAGACUGAGCGUGCUGCUGGCGAUCAUAAGUUGACAUCUUGGCACGAUACUUUGAUUAGCUCCGGAAAGGAAUUAAAGCAACUGCAGCAGAUUAUCAAAGACGAAAAAGAACGACUAGAGACAAUGCAACAACGUAAUUCUGACCUUGAACGUGAAGUUCGGAUGUACCAGGAGCGUCGUGCCAUUGAAAAGGAGAUUGAAACACUGGAGGUAUUGAUACCUGUCAACGAGUAUUACGAGGCGAAAGAAAUCUACACAGAGAAGAAGAAGAUUCAACGUGUAUUGCACGACAAAGUUAGACGCCUCAAAGAGAAGAAUGCUCCUGCCCAUGCUCUCCUAGACCAAUUUGGACACAAGUAUAAGGACUACGAAAGGGAACGUGAGAAUAAGAAGAAAGCUGCCCGACAGAAAUUUUUACAGAUGAAGUCCAAAUGGACUGAGAGUGAAAAAAUUGAGAGUCUUGUGGAGGAAGUGUCAGGUAAAUUAGAGAGCGUAAAGAAGGGAGAAAAGGAGCGCAUAAAGAAAAUUAAAGAUCUGGAAGCUCAGAAUGCUAAGUGGCAGCGCGAGCUCGAUAAUCCACCUGAACUGGAGGACCUACAGACCAUCAAUGCUGAGAUCAAAGCGUUGAAUUCAAAGCAUAGUAAAACGGGCGAGCGUCAGCUAGAUUUACAAGAUCGACAAAGGGCGAAUGCUGAUGCGUCCGGUGCACAGAAAGCCCAAAUUGAGGCUGCUAUGAGCGAGCUCAAGAAAUUAGACGACGAAAAGCAUCGCAAACUUCAAAAUUUGUCUAAGUGGGAUAAAGACUGUGCCGACGCAGUCGCGUGGCUCCGCAACAACCAGAAUAAAUUCAAGAUGGAAGUGUUCGAGCCUCCAGUGAUUUGUUUGACUGUACCCGAUAAGAGGUACACAAACGCUGUCGAGGCGUGCUUCAACGCCAAUCAGCUCAAGACUCUUGUAGUUCAAUGUCCUGAGGAUUAUGAUACCCUCAAUCACUACUUAAAUGACACGGAUAAAGCGGGGUUGAGGAAAGGUGCUCGUAUCAACACAUGGUUUCGACCUAAGCAGGAAAACAUGCUCGUUGGGCCUCCAAUGAGUCCCGAUGAGAUGGCGAGCCUCGGUUUUGAUGAUUAUGCGAUCAAUUAUGUCGACUGUCCCGAUGGACUGCUAUGGUUCCUCAAGAAAGAACUCAACAUGCAUCGCACUGCGAUUGGCCUAAAUGGAAGCAAGGUCGAUGUAGCCCGCUCCAUGGAUGCUGUGUCAAGAUUUGGGCCUAAAGGCGAAGGCGGAGGGGCGACAUUUAUUGCAGGUAGUAUCAUGAAUAUUGUUCAGCGCUCUCGCUAUGGGCAGCGGUUGCCCCAGAACAUGACGAGAGACGUUCGUCUCGCUAGAAAUCUGGUAAACAGUGCAAUUGACCCCGAAAUUAAGAAAACGCUGGACAAGCGUAUACAGGAAGCGAGGCAUGCUCUCGAGCUCAUUGAGGUGGAGGCUGUCGCUCUCGCUGGCGAAGAGACUAAAAUCAACGCGGAAGAAAAAGAAUAUAAAAAGAACCAUGUUGGUAUACUCAUCCCAUCUAAAUUAGCCACGAAUGAGGGAGAAAUUCAGAAACUCGAAAAUGCUCCCUCUGUAGAGGAUGAGAGAGCUCGAUUAAAAAAGAAACUUCUGGAGCUGUCCAAGAAGCGACAACUCAUUCGUGCUUUAAUCGUCAAUCAAGUAGAUGCAACUCGCAGUGGACUAGAGUUUUUGCAAGUUGGUGCCAACAAAAAUGCACUAGAAGCUCUUUGCCAACAAAAGGACGAAGCAUAUCAAAAAGCUUUCGCUGAGUUCGAGGAGGCGGAUAAAAUCUAUCAAACCGUCAAGGCCGACGCCAAGGAGAAAUGUGCCAUAAGCAAAGAGCUCGUCCAAAAUAUGGACCAAGAAUUCAAAGAUCGAUUCCGCGAAAUGGAGCUUGUCAGUGAUGAUGAAAUUUUUUUAGAAAUGUGCAAAUGGUUGACAUCCGGCACUACGCAGGACGGCUCUGUAUACGCACGGAAAUCAGAUCAAUUACGGGCGGAACUGGAUACACAACGUACCAAAUUAGAGAUGAACACGCACACCAAUGGCAGCGUUGUAGAGCAGUAUGAAAAGAGACAAGCCGAGAUCAGUACGCUUGAUCAGACAGUCAAAACCAGGGAGAACAAUGCACAGAAAAUCGAGCGAGCGAUAAAGAAUGCCAGGGAUAACUGGCAACCUGCUUUGGAACGACUUGUCGCAAGCAUUGGUAAGAAAUUCUCGGCUGCGUUUGACCGCAUCGGUUGUGCUGGAGAAAUUCGAAUCAAUCCGCAUGAAGACUACGACAAAUGGGCCAUCGACAUCCUCGUAAAGUUCCGCGAUAGGGAAAAACUACAGCUUCUGACUGGACAGAGGCAGUCAGGCGGUGAACGCUCACUCACGACCAUCCUCUACUUGAUGAGCUUGACUGAAGAGGCCCGUUCACCUUUUUCUCUCGUUGACGAGAUCAACCAGGGGAUGGAUAUGCGUGCCGAACGUGCCGUGCACAAUUCUAUGGUAGAAGUCACUUGCAAGGCUGACAGUGCUCAGUACUUCCUCAUCACUCCUAAACUGCUUCCGGACCUUGACUAUCAUGAGCGGAUGAAAAUUCUGUGUGUUAAUAACGGAGAAUGGUUGCCGGAGCAACAAGGUUUGGGAAACAUGAUGAACAUGAUUGAGACAUUUGUGCAGCAUCGUGGUCGAUCAGCUGCAGCUGCAUGAUACAAUUUCACCCUCCACCAUCACUGUAUACUCUAUUCACCUGUACUGUAGAAUGUUCUGCCGUAAUCUACGAUGUAUUCUAACGUCUUUUGGCACCAUUGGUGUUUUGUUAUAGCCACGCAUAGUAUCAAUGAUGAACAGAUUUCAUGCAUCGUGCUUAGAACAUGUAAUAUGUAGCCGAGCGAAGCAGAAAAUCCAUCGAUAUGUACUGUAAAGAUUACUACCAGAUAUCUAAGCAAUCGGUCAAUCGUACGCAGAACUGCACUGCUCUCCUAAAUAAUCACUAUGCCCUUCAAAAUUGCCAGUUCAGCAUUAAUGAUGCUACUUGUUGCUGCGCCAAUGGAGACGUUAUUGGCAAGUACGACAAACUUGAUGUCUAAGACUGGGCAUUGUCUAACUCGUCCUACAGAAACACCUGCGCCGUUUUGGUAAUAUCGAUCAAGCCGAGGCUGUGGCCUAUCUGGCUCCUCGUGUACGAAGAUUGCAUGAACAGGAGCUGAGGGACACCCGAGCGUUUGAGCAUCUGGGGUGUACGCCGCCAAGACCUCCCGUACUUGUUGCGGACUGGGUGGUGGUCUGCGGGCGAAGCGCACAGAUACACACUCGGUGUGACCAUCAAUGACAGGGACACGAUUGCACGAUGCAGAGAUACGCAGGGGCUGACGAGCGUGCAUGUCAAACGUCCUGGACCCGUCAUCGGCCCGAGUGAUUCCGCCUAAGAUCUUGAGCGUCUCCCACUCCAUUUUUUCUUCUUCGCCGCUGAUGUAGGGAACUACGUUAUCCAUGAUGUCUAGACUGGGUACGCCCGGAUAACCUCCGCCUGAAAUGGCUUGCAUAGUCGUGACCAUGCACGACUCUAUUGGCCCGAAGGCCUUUUCCAUGGCUACCAGAGGAAUGACAUAGCCCGUGGUUGAACAGUUGGCGUUAGUGAUGAUAAAGCCUUUCUUCAGUGGUGGUCGAUGUAACGAUUGUUGCUGAGGAAUCAUCGACAUGUGUGAAGCAU